GUUGAUUAGAGCAUAACCAGAGUGACACGCUGAAUUCUCCAUAAUCAAGGAAACCUUUUCCGGGUGGGGAUCUCUGAUCACUCAGUGAGCAACCCUAAUUAACCUGAUUUUUUGCUGAUAAUCACUCUCAAUGGAAUCAAAUCACAAAUCCGGGGAUGGAUUGAGCGGCACCCAGAAGGAAGCAGCUCUCCGAGCACUGGUCCAGCGCACAGGAUAUAGCUUGGUCCAGGAAAAUGGACAAAGAAAAUACGGCGGCCCUCCACCGGGCUGGGAUGCUGCACCCCCAGAAAGAGGCUGUGAAAUUUUUAUUGGAAAACUUCCCCGAGACCUUUUUGAGGAUGAACUUAUACCAUUAUGUGAAAAAAUUGGUAAAAUUUAUGAAAUGAGAAUGAUGAUGGAUUUUAAUGGCAACAAUAGAGGGUAUGCAUUUGUAACUUUCUCAAAUAAACAGGAAGCCAAGGAUGCAAUCAAGCAACUUAACAACUAUGAAAUUAGAAAUGGGCGUCUCUUAGGGGUGUGCGCCAGUGUGGACAACUGCCGACUGUUUGUGGGGGGAAUCCCGAAGACCAAGAAGAGAGAAGAAAUCCUAGCAGAGAUGAAAAAGGUCACCGAAGGAGUUGUCGACGUCAUCGUCUACCCAAGCGCUGCAGAUAAAACCAGAAACCGGGGCUUCGCCUUCGUGGAGUACGAGAGUCAUCGGACGGCUGCCAUGGCCCGAAGGAAGUUGCUGCCAGGAAGGAUUCAGUUAUGGGGACAUCCUAUCGCAGUAGACUGGGCAGAGCCCGAAGUGGAGGUGGACGAGGACACGAUGUCUUCGGUGAAAAUCCUGUACGUGAGAAACCUGAUGCUGUCUACCUCGGAAGAGAUGAUUGAGAAAGAAUUCAACAAUAUUAAACCAGGUGCUGUGGAGAGGGUAAAGAAGAUUCGAGACUAUGCUUUUGUGCACUUCAGUAAUCGAGAAGAUGCAGUGGAGGCUAUGAAAGCUUUAAAUGGGAAGGUGCUGGAUGGUUCCCCCAUUGAAGUGACCCUAGCCAAACCAGUGGACAAAGACAGUUAUGUUAGGUACACCCGAGGCACGGGUGGAAGGGGCACCAUGCUGCAAGGAGAGUACACCUACUCUUUGGGCCAUGUUUAUGAUCCCACCACAACCUACCUUGGAGCUCCUGUCUUCUAUGCUCCUCAAGCCUAUACAGCAAUCCCCAGCCUUCAUUUCCCAGCCACCAAAGGACAUCUUGGCAACAGGGCCAUUAUCCGAGCCCCUUCUGUUAGAGAAAUUUACAUGAAUGUACCUGUAGGGGCCGCGGGAGUGAGAGGACUGGCCGGCCGUGGCUAUUUGGCCUAUACAGGCCUGGGUCGUGGAUACCAGGUCAAGGGAGACAAGAGAGAAGACAAACUCUAUGACCUUUUACCUGGGAUGGAGCUCACCCCAAUGAAUCCUGUCACUUUAAAACCCCAAGGAAUUAAACUUGCUCCCCAGAUACUAGAAGAAAUUUGUCAGAAAAACAACUGGGGACAACCAGUGUAUCAGCUGCACUCAGCCAUUGGACAAGAUCAAAGACAACUAUUCUUAUACAAAAUAACCAUUCCUGCCCUGGCCAGCCAGAAUCCUGCAAUCCACCCCUUCACGCCUCCGAAGCUAAGUGCCUACGUGGAUGAAGCAAAGACCUACGCGGCCGAGUACACCCUGCAGACGCUGGGCAUUCCCACCGACGGGGCCGAUGCUCCCACCACGGCAACUGCCGCCACUGCCUUCCCAGGAUAUGCCGUCCCCAGUGCAACGGCACCCAUGUCCACAGCCCAGCUCAAACAAGCGGUGACCCUCGGACAGGAUUUAGCAGCAUAUACAACGUAUGAGGUCUACCCCACUUUUGCAGUGACUGCCCGAGGGGAUGGAUAUGGAGCCUUCUGAAGAUAUCUUUCUUUUAAGUUAAGACACAUGAAACUCUCUCUAGAAGAGAUAAACCUCUCAUUCAGUUUCCUUACGAUCACAAGUCCUACUUUUCCUAAAGAGAUGCCUUUCUUGAGACUGCACAGCUUAUAUUAAUGGUAGAAUCAGGAUACGAGGAUGAAUUCCCAGUGAAAUCAAAUGUCAAGAAGCCUUUUGUCUGCCAGAAAACUUAAGAGCCAUUGCCCCCAAAAGCUGGUUCUCCCAGGUUCCUGAGUGACUUGGGCAUGCAUUACGCACCCUGAUGAUGUGGAGAGAGAUCUCUUAACCAGCAAGUGUUCAGGGGCUGAGCAGCCCUGGCCAAUUAGGGGCAACAAAGGGAGGCAAGUAAACUCCAGUCUUAACCGCAGCUCACAGCUGCCUUUGUGAUACACAACAUUGCAAACAGGCAGUGGGAGGGUGCGGGGAUGCUUUUAUAGAAAUGUUUUCCCUGUUGCCCACCACAUGGAGUAUGUUCUGAGGCCCGAGCCUGUGAAAGACAGCCCAAGGUUUGAUGGGGCCAACAUCGCUUCUGUCUGAAAAUUCUACCCAAUCAAUCUGUCCUAGGUCACCAUUUCCCUGCCCCCUAUAGCCCUCGGGGACCGCCUGGAAAUCAAUGGGUUGUGUUGCGGAUAAGGAUAAAAUGAAUCCAGGCCCACUGUUUAUUAAACUCAUCAGCCUGCACCUCUUCUUCCCUGGAGCCCCCAUCCUUCCCAAGGGUCCCCCAACACAAUAAUCACCCCAAUUUAAAAUGGCUUCUUCUCAUUUUAAACGUUUUGACUUGUCCACCUGGAUUUAUUUUCGUAUCAGUCUCAUUUUCCUCAUGUCAAAUACCAUAAAAAAGUACAUCCAAUCUAUAGAAUAUCACAUAGGAUGCUUUCUCCUAUUCAGCAAACGGGCUGAAAAGUCAUUUCAAACAGAGAAGUGAAGGUCUACUCUCGUUUCUUGGGUGUUUUUACAGCACCCAGACCACCAUCUGGCAUUCAGAGACAGUUCUAUUAAUGUGGGGUCUGCCUUGGACUGUCUAACCCACUUACAGUCAAGCUGCCAAGAAAUCUUCUACCUUGCCUUCCUUCUACUUUCAACAAAUAUCAGACGGUUUUACCGUAUCAAGCCCUUUGGUCUUGAAGUGGUCACAGAAAACCUUACACCCCCCAACUGCUGAUUAGAAGCGGAUUCUUAGACACCCAGCAAGGGUUGUUAGUGACCAAAGUUCCCUAGGGCUUUAGGCCUCUCUCCAGGAACAUCUCAUGAGGAUGUAGGAGCUACAAAACCUGGGAUGGAGGGAGCACAAGGCACUACUUUCUUGCCAUACUUCUAAAUGACAGCUUUUUGUUCAAAACAGAAAUAAUUGAGGUCUGAACUUCAAAUACCAAUCACCACUGCUUCUGUCUCAUUAGUGGUUUAAGACAUACAGCACCAGAAUUUCCAGCUAAAAAAAAUCUCUGGCACAAUUCUACAGGACUCAAAGGAAAACAUAAAUACAAAGACAGAAAAAUUUGUCAACUCUUGAUUGGAAUCCUGUGAUCCAACAUCAGCCCAGAUUCCAGUCAAAAUCAGCUAAAUUCCAGUAACAAUUAAAAGUCCUUAUAACCUUUCAGUUCUGUUAACUCCAAUCAGACAUCAAAGGCCUCAAGGCUACAGGUCACACUCUGAAAGUCUGGGUGCUUUUGGCUUUACUUGUUGUUCCUCAUAUGCCCUAGGCUAGUGGUUCCCAAACUUGCUGCACUUUAGGAAUACCUGAAGUGCUUUUCAGACCGCCAAUGCCAAGAUGGUGCCAGAUACCCAUUUACAUUAGAAUAUCAUGGGGAGAAGCCUGGCCUCAGCAUUUAAAGAUCUUAGGUGAUUUCAGUGUGCAGCUAACUUUGGGAAUGGCUAUAGUCUUUCUAUUUCAACCCUACCCCCUAAUGUUUUCCUUAUUUAUUUCACUUUCAUUAAGUAGAAAAAUGCAAGAAAAAAUUUGUCUAAGUUAAAACAGAUAGCCAAAUAAUAUUUUUAUAAAUAUUCAGCUCAUAAAAAGUAUGAAUUUAAAUAUAAUUCAUAUUGGCUUCAAACUAACUCUUGGACCAAACUAAUUUUAAAAAUGAGAAAGUGAAAAAUGCCUCCAUCAGCAAUUCUUAGGUCCAAAUCGACAUUCCCCUACAGACCUGUUUUUAUACUCAAAAAGAGUAAUGACAUUGGGGCAGGCAAGUUCCUACUUAGUCCAAAAAAGCAUUCCAAAUUCCAAGAGCAAAGUUUUCAUGUUCUUUAAAAUCUUUGAAAAUAGAAAACAGUGCUCUGGAUGUCUAGCCAAUGCCAAAUAGAAGGUCUGAUCCAGAAGAGUUUUAAAUGUAAUCAGAAUGAACAGUUAAUAUAGGAAUCUGUUAUGAGAAAAAUCUUUAUUCCAGAUUAAAUCAUUAUGAUUUUUUUUAAAGGCUAAGAACAGAAACCUAAAUAUACAAAAACAUCACAGUAUCAAGAAAAUUGCCCCUGGAGCACCAUCUCAUUACUUGCCUAAGGAAACACAAGCAUUUGUACAUUUACUUCCUAAGGACUGAUUUUAUUCAAGUGAGUAGAUGUGGUUUGACUUUUUACUGAAGUUUUACUUCACUCUAGUAAAAUCUAGAGAAUACUUUGAAUUCCAUUAGAACAUAUUCAUAGAAAGUAUCAAUGUGUCUACUGUGCCAUCUGUAUUUACUUUGCCCAAAUUAAGUACUGUAGGGCAACUACACAGCCCUAUAAACUCAUGAUACAGCUAUAAUGAGUUUGAAACUUUAAAAACUGGGAUUUUAAAAAAGUAUGUGUAGAACCAAAGGUUUAUUUUGCAUGAUGUUUGUAUUUUUAGACUUCGGAAAUUAGCACCUAUUUAAUACCUAUUAUAUCUUGUGCAUCAGUAUCUAUUUUUUUGUUAUUUCUUACUUCAUUGUUUCCUAGAAAAAAACUCUUUAUAUAAAGAGGAAAUUAAGAUGAGUCAACCAACCAAAAAUAAAAAAUAAAAUAAAAUGAGUCAACCAACCAAAAAUAAAAAAAAUAAAAUGAGCCAACCAACCAAGUGAUAACAGAAUACCCAAACAAAUAAUUUAGAAGCAUCUAGUAAGUAAGAACUGAGUUUCUAAAUUUUGGUAAUUAAUAGCUUAGUGAAAAUUAAAAUCAACCACUGUUACUUAGGAGGAAAUGGAGCAGCAGUGAGAUUGGACAUCUAUUUUCUUACUUGUAAAAAUGCUGCCUAUUCUCACCCCAUUACUGUAGCUAGAAGACCAUCUUUAACUGCAACAAGAUAACCAUUCUCCUACAUAGCUAGGUUUCUUCUCCUACUUCUGCCCAAUCCUGGUAUCAGGCCAAACCACACUGUGUUUGGAUAAAAACACCCAAAAUGCUGCUAGAAAGCUACCUCGUGUUAAGAAAAUACUGACUUCAAAACAUAUCUAACAAACCAUAGUUCCUUAACUUUUUAAUGGUGGAUGGAAAUCACAGUAACUAUGAGUUGAUAAUAGUUACUCAGGAAAUUAGUUUUAGUUUUACUUAAAAUUUAAAAAAACACACACACAUUCCUCAAAUCACAUAGAUUAGCUUUUCAUAAAUACUGUCUCAAUAUAAUUUUCAAUUGAUGCUCAUUUUCACUAUAUUUUUCAAUGACUGUUAUAGUUCUGCCUUGGACAACUGGGUCACAAUUUGAAUCCAUGGGGCACUGGGGGAUUCUCCAGGGUGCCUUUUCAAGAAUGUGGGUUAGUAAAAAAAGUUAGUAUUUUGAGUAGAUUGUCUUUACAAAGCUACAAAGUUGGAUAAAAUGUAUUACUGCUGCGACUCCGGGUCUAUCUAAGAUUUCCCAAAAGUAACUUACAAUUAAAAGUGAACAAAGUGUUCCAGGAUUCACAUGAGGCUAUGAUCACUUAUCCCCUCCUUGCAUUCAUACAGAAAAUCCCGGGAGAUGAAAUGUACCUACAACUUAACCUGGAGACUUGGUACUUUUUAUAUCUUGUGGAUACAUUUUUACCUAUUGUAGAUACAUCUGUCCAAGAUGAAACUAGUUUUCAAAUGUGACACCUUAAGUGAACUUUGUGAUAAAUACUUUUAAAAGAAAAUAUUAGUAGCAUAAUUUAGGAAUUUUAAUGUACUUAUUAGAAGACAGAGAAACUAGGCAACCAAUAUUCCUACCUGAUGUGUAAUAGUUACGUGUUUAAUUGACCUGAUCAUCAAAUUUGAUGCUGAGAUUUUACUUCAUUCUAGUGAUGUCUUGAAAAUGCUUCAAGCUUUUCAAGAACAUAGCCAAAGAAAAUGUAAUGUGUCCACCAGGAUAUAUAUAUUUAUAUUUGCCAACGUUAGAACAAAGUAAAGCAAGCCCUGCUAUAAUGAGUAAAACCAUUAGAAAAAUGAGAUUUUUUGACCCCCAUGCCCUAUCACUUUACUUAUGGAGUAAAACAUUUUUUAAAAAUUUCAGUCAAUAAAAACAUGGAUACAGAAUAUUCUAUUGUUCCCAAAAUGUCCAUUUUAAAAGCCAUCUUUUUCUUACAGUGUUUAUACAGAAAGUAAAAUGUGUGAGUUUAAUAGGGACAGCAGUGCAUACCUUGAACACAUAGGUUCAUUUAUGGGAGAAUGCCAACUUUUUGCAUCUCCAGGUCACCUCAGUUUUGUAGAAAAGUUAAAAUAAAACGUUAAACUUCAGCUAAUAGUGAAGAGAAAUUAGUAACCAAUAUAGAAGUGAAAAAUAAUUCACUUAUUUUUCUGGAAACAAGAAGCUUCCAUUCAUUCAAACGUGCCUGGAAUGAAAUCUAGAACACUUCCGCAUCUCCCUCCCUCACUUUUCUCCUACUGAAUAUGCCUUGUUUUCUCUUCACCUAUGUUCCUUUGUCUAAGGGGAGGGGAGAUGCCAAGAAACAGUGCUUUAAAGAGAGUAAGCUGCCAGCAGGAAAUUCUUGGAACCUGAAGAAUGUUAACCCCACCCAGUGUUUAGCAACGUCUCUGGGGUGACGGUAGGUCCUGGCUUGCUGGGACAGCCCUGGCUUAUGUCUGUGGUCCCACCGUAACCAUGUUAACAAUAGCUCUUCGUACUCACAACUGUGUCCCAAUUCAGACAACAUACAGUGUGACCCCAUCUUUAUGUCUCCUUUUCUUUUUUUAAAAUCUUGUAGAAUUUGCUUUAUCCUCUCCAGAGAAGGUACAUCUUAAACAAAAGGGCCCAACACCAUCUUUCUGACUGGGAUGGGAGCCUCGUGAACAGAGAGGAACUUGUCAUCUUCUCCUGCGUGGUUACCUUCAAGCCACUCUCCAUCCAGUGCCCCACACCCAACCCCUUUCUGGUCCCAUUGUCCUUCACAGCCCCUGGACAGCGUCCCGAGCGUGCAACCCCUGGACCAGACUGGACAGGGGACAGGAUGAAAGGGCAUUAGUAGGGUCUCAGAGGAUUUGCUGGUUCCUUUCUUUCUUAAACGAAGCCCCUCACAUGGCAAACCAGAAAGGACUUCCAAUGUAAACCUUCAUCUUACAGGACCCAUUGCCUUUUUCCCAUCCAUGUUUUACAGGUUUGCUUAAACACCUGCAUCUCACUUCGCUGUUAUGGUUGCUCAUGAACUAUUCUUUACCAAAAAUCCUCAUAUAAUCUCAUAUAAAGUUUAAAUAGUUCUUAAUGGAAAAUAAUAUUGACAGUUUCCUUUUUUAUAGAACUUCUUUUUUACUCUUUCAUUAAUUCUUAAUCUUAGUGAAGAAAAUAAAUUAUAAUCUCUACUGCUCUAAACCCACAAGCCUCUCCUUCAUAGAAUGUAUGAUCAAUCUGUAUUUACUAUGCACCUUCUCUUAUGCCAGAAACUAUGAACAUUUGUGUGUGUGUGUCUGUAUGUGAGUGUGUAAUUCCACAGUGGAGUUCACGAUCUAGUGAUCCAUUCUGCAUUUUUAUAAACUGAAUAUAAUUACACUUAAGUUCACCAGUACCAGUUGGUAGUUUGUUUCACUGAGUCGGAAUCCCCACAGUUAAACCAAUUCUGUUCUAAAUUUUAAGUUUCAACUAUUAUUGCCAAAUACUAGGCGGGCACAGUAAGCCUUUUUAAAGAUUCAUACAACUCUUCACCUAUAAUUAUUGCUAUUCAAGUAAGAUGAGUUUUCAAAUAUGUUCCCCAGAAGAAAUAUAAAAGACAGUGAGAAAAAUAAAAAAGAAGAAACAAUUUUCAUUAGAGGUCCAGAAGCUUUAAAAUAUGCUUUAAAAGGUGGAAUUGACAAGUUCACAUACAGAUUUAUGACAUUAAAGAGCAGGUAUGCUUUGUUACUCACUUGAAAACAUUUUGGUUAUUAACUAUUUGUUUUCUAAAUAUACCCAUGUUUAUAAAAUUCGAAAAUCUUUUUAACAAGCAUUAUCUAUACCUAUAUGUUUUGCAAUAAAUAACUUGCAAUGAGGUAUACAUGUUUUUUUCAAAUGUACAUUUUAUUUUGAAAUUUGGUACAUUCUACUGUAAUUCCUAAGAGAUUUAGGGGAUCUGAGGAGAAGAGCCACAGAUAAGUGUAUUUAAAAUCAAUCCAUCAUUGUCACUGGUUUAAAUGUUUCAUAUAAUUAUUGGUAUUUUUGUUUCUAUUCCUUCAUGAGUUCUUUUUUUUUUUUUCCUACUUUUCUGACUGCAACAGAGCCAGACAUCAUUAUCCCCUAUCAACGAAAAAAAUGCUGUCAGCAAACUGCAUUUCUGGUUUCCAGGUGUUAAACCAUCUCUUGCUUCUUCUCCUUGUUGUUAUUAAUGACUUUAUUUAUGUGAAGUUAGUUAGCUGAGGUACCAAAAAAGAGAGAGAGAUUAAAAACAGUAUUAAAGAAUGUGCAUAAGGCACUUAUUUUUGUACUUUGAGUACAGUAUUUUAUAGAACUGUGAUCUAUCUAAAUAUACCGAGUAAAAUUACAACAUCCGUUCAUUGGGAAAAUGAUCAUGAGUUUGGAAGAGAUAAAUAUAAUGGUACCACAGGAUCAUAAAUCACGUAAAAUGAGAAGUAAUGCAGUAUUGUGAUGACUAGUGUAAUUUCAAAAUGACAACAUGGUUUCAAUUUAAUUUUCAAGUAACAUUAUAAAGUUUUAAAAAGUA